AAGCAUGAAGCGGAAGGCGCUGUUCACCUGUCCCUUCAACGGGGACUGCCGCAUCACCAAGGACAACCGGCGCCACUGCCAGGCCUGCCGGCUCAAGCGCUGUGUGGACAUCGGCAUGAUGAAGGAGUUCAUCCUGACCGAUGAGGAGGUGCAGCGGAAGCGGGAGAUGAUCCUGAAGCGGAAGGAGGAGGAGGCCUUGAAGGACAGCCUGCGGCCCAAGCUGUCUGAGGAGCAGCAGCACAUCAUCUCCAUCCUGCUGGACGCCCACCACAAGACCUUUGACCCCACCUACGCUGACUUCUGCCAGUUCCGGCCUCCAGUUCGUGUGGGUGACGGAGGGAGCCUUCCUUCCAGGCCCAACUUGAGGCUCACACCCAGCUUCUCCGGGGACUCCUCCUCCUCCUGCUCAGAUCACUACAUCACCUCUCCAGACAUGAUGGAGCCAUCCAGCUUCUCUAACCUAGAUCUGAGCGAAGAGGACUCAGAUGACUCUUCUGUAACCUUGGACAUGUCCCAGCUCUCUAUGCUGCCCCACCUGGCUGACCUGGUCAGUUACAGCAUCCAAAAGGUCAUCGGUUUUGCCAAAAUGAUCCCAGGGUUCAGAGACCUCUCCUCUGAGGACCAGAUCGUGCUGCUGAAGUCAAGCGCCAUUGAAGUCAUCAUGUUGCGUUCUAACCAGUCCUUCAUCAUGGACGACAUGUCCUGGACCUGUGGCAGCCAGGACUACAAGUACCGUGUCAGUGAUGUGACCAAAGCCGGCCACAGCCUGGAGCUGCUCGAGCCCCUCAUCAAGUUCCAGGUGGGGCUGAAGAAGCUGAACUUGCAUGAGGAGGAGCAUGUCCUGCUUAUGGCUAUCUGCAUCGUCUCCCCAGAUCGACCGGGGGUGCAGGACGCUGCACUGAUCGAGGCCAUCCAGGACCGCCUGUCCAACACACUGCAGACCUACAUCCGCUGCCGCCACCCACCCCCAGGCAGCCACCUGCUCUACGCCAAGAUGAUCCAGAAGCUGGCCGACCUGCGCAGCCUCAACGAGGAGCACUCCAAGCAGUACCGCUGCCUCUCCUUCCAGCCCGAGUGCAGCAUGAAGCUCACGCCCCUCGUGCUCGAAGUGUUUGGCAAUGAGCUCUCCUGACUAGGGCAGCCUGCGGUGGCACCUGGGGCUGUUCUUCCGGGGCCACGUUCCCGGGCCCAGGGCUGGCGACGGCCCAGCAGCUCUCCCCUCCCUCUCUGGAGUUCAGCCCCUCCUCCGCCACUGCCCAGUCCAUCCUCUUUCCUGCCCAACCUAAACCCAGGUUCCCCUUUCCUACAGGCUCUUCCCCAGUCCCUUGAGACCUCGGUUAGGAAGAAUUGCUGUUCAUUUGACAGAGAAACUCAAGUGGGGUCAGAGGGCAGAGGCUGAAGGCAGGGCCUUGCCCGGGGAUGCCCCACCACCCCAUAAGUGGCUGCUGGCUGGUGCCAAGGGAACAGGCAGGCUGCACCCAUUCCUCAGGGACAGAGACAUCUGGACCUCCCCCAGGCCUACGUGAACUGAGCCUGGGGGGGGAUCUUCAUCCCCUGCCCACCCACAAUAAAUUACCAGCCCAUGGCUCCCACCCUCCCC